AUGUGGGAGGGGGCAUUGGCUCCAGAGGAGGAGCAUGGUGACUUCCCUGCACUGGCACAGGAGGGAGCAGACAAAGCAUGGGAGGUUACCACCUUUUUUACUGUCAUAUCUGUCAAACUGUAUAAGCUAAGUAGCAGGCAACAUGUGUCCAAAGGGCGGCCCAUCAAAUUGUAUAAAGUGAGAUGUGUACUGAUUGCAUACAACUUGGAUCCCUGCUUCAUUCAAUACACAGGUCGGACAGUGCACAGGAAAAGAGACAUAAUUGUAUUAUGCAGAGAUCAUGUGUCAUUCAGCAACCGUAACAGGGCUUUAGAAAGAAUGCGUCCCUAUUUGUGUGACAAAAUUAUUGCUGAAAGACACUUUGAUUACCUGCGUUCAAAGAAAAUACUCACUAGAGAAGACACUGAAGAAAUAUCUUGUCGACCCUCAAAUAGGAAGAAAACUGGGAAGUUAUUGGACUACUUAGCAGAAAAUCCAAAGGGACUAGAUACUUUGAUUGAAUCUAUUAGACGAGAAAGAACACAGAACUUCCUGUUAGAAAGGAUAACUGAUGUAGUGUUGAAAGUCAAAAAUGAAAAACUCGAAGCUCUCAAAGGCUUGAGCUGCAGUAGCUGUAUGACUUCAGUGUAUGGAGGAACAAAUAAUCUUUCUAGGUCAUAUUCUGAUGAAUCCAAUUCAUAUGAAAAAGUAAAAGACAAAGAAUCUAUCCAUUAUCAACCAGAAGACCGGUUUAGUACAGCUGCUUUUGUGUCUGCUUCAUCUCUUCGUUCAAUGAAUUUACCAAUUGUGGAGAUAGGAAGCACAGAAAAUACAGUCUUCUCAACCACCCUUCCCGGACCUGGGGAUCCUGGAGCACCUCCUCUUCCACCAGAACUUCAGUCUGAACAACAGGAAGCCAAUGCCAGUUCAAGUGACAAUAUUUUUCUGCCUUUAAGAUCACGUUCACUUCUACCACAAUGAUCUUCAGUGACUUUUUUUUCUUGCCUGUUCACUUAAAGGGAAAUGUUGUUAAACUUUUAAAUAUCUUUGUGGGCAGCAUACAGAAUGUUCUCAAACUAUUAAAUCACAAAUAGGGAGAAAUAGCCUAUGUGAUUUGAUAAUAAAGGAAAAAAAACAACAACCCAACAACCUGGUUUUUAAAAGGUAGUCACAAUUGAUUCUGUAUCUCACAGAUUAUUUAGUUUCUGGAAGUCUUUAGAUGCCAUAAGUGCUUUACCUUUUUUUAAGAUUUCAUGUUAAUAUUGUUAAAAUCAAUACAACAAAUGUUUAUCUUCCUAAAGUAGCAGAUUUUGAUAUUUUUAGCAAGUAAAGGGGAAAUGGCUAUAACAAAAGAGAAUAAUUUAAAAGGACCCUCAGAACUUUUGUACUACUUCCAAAGUUUGUCAAAUUAAUUAUUACAUGGCAUAGGGUAAAUUUUUCCCUCAAAUUUAUGCACAUAACUUGCAUGGGGAGGGCAGAAUUUAGCUUUUUGUGGCCACCCAUCUUGUUAAAAUGCUUAUUGCCAAAUAAUUCUCAGUAUGUUAUUUUGAUCCUUGUGUUCUAUUUGCACCCAAACAUGAAAGGUACUUGGAUACUAAACUGAUUAUAACUCAUAUUAUGUACUUUCUCGUACUGUUUUUAAAUAUAAUAUAGAAAUAAUUGGUUUGAAAUGCAUUUGUUUUAAUUUAAACGUAUAUUAAUAAUGAAAAGAGAUGUCUGCUCUUCAGACUCCAGUAAGGGAGUUACUCGAUAGCUUAUUUAUAAGAUGCCUUUAAGGACAUGCUUCUGUAAGGAGCAACAGGUAUGGUAUUUAAUGGAUGGACCUAGAAGGGGGAUGUAAAGAUCUAAACUACUCAAGGAAAUAUUGUGCUGCAGGUACUUAAUUAUUGCGUCCUACAGUAACACGUUUACAUUGCAAGUGAUUUAGAAUCUAAACCAAGUUUUAACUGUUUUAACAUGGGAAAAGUUCUCAUCUCCUGACAUAGAACAAUAUGGUUUACUCCUUUCAUGCUUUCCUUUUCAUUCUAAAGCUCACUUUGUAAGUCAUGUAAAAUUCAGUUUAAGUGUAGAAGUGCAAAACUACAAAUUUAAAAACUAUUACUCAGGAUUACAUACAGUUGUCUUUACAGCAGUGUAUUUUUUCUGAUGUUACAUUUUCUGUUUAUCAAAAGAUACAGUGGCUUUUAUUUAAAAAGUGUAAUUCUGACAUUGAUUGCUAUAGUAGGAUAACAUGUAUUCUAGUCUGUCUCAACAAACCCUGAUUCUGUUUCUAAUGCUAAUCCUCCUGCUUCAGAGGAUAAGGGCUCAGCAUCUAGCCUUCAGAGGAUAGCUGCCUUAUAUUUUUCAUGUGACAUCAACCAAAAACAGGCUGAUCUCAUCUGGGGACUGAGAAAAGUAAUCAACAAAAGUAUCCUAUAGUUGGUUACUUGUUCAUGUCUGACUAGUCUAAGAAACUGUCAAGUUUAAUUUGAAUAUCAUGUAGAAACAUCUUUAUAACAAUGAGGUAGCUUACAUGUGAUAAAAAUAUGGGUUGCUUUUAUUAAUAUGGCACCCUGAUUACUAUAGUUUCAGGUAUCCAACAGACACAUUGAGCCUGAUCUUCAAAAAAGCAAAUUAUCCACAAGUUCAGUUGACUACAACUUGGAGUUGUGGGGUCUGCUCUCUUAAGACACUUGAUUUUUUUUUUUUUUUUAACAUCCCUACAUUUUGAAAAAGCGGCAAGGAGUUCUGUAUCACCUUGUAGACUAACCAAAGUAUCUCUGACGAAGCAGGUCUUUGCCCACGAAAGCUUAUGCUCCAACACGUCGGUUAGUCUAUAAGG